AUGUUGUCAAAAGACGCGCUCGUGGCCCGUAUCAAGGCCGACCCGCUGCUCCCAAGACCCAACCCCACCGCUACAUUCUGGCAAGAGCCGCCACAUCCCACGGUUGCCUCGAUACAAUCUCAGGAGCUUCCAUCAAAGACGGACAUUGCUAUCAUUGGCUCUGGAAUAACCGGUUGUAGUGUCGCCAAGGCGUUAUUGGAAGAUCCGUCGCUAGCUGGCAAGACUGUGACCAUUUUGGAGGCUCGUGAAGUGACUAGCAGUGCAACUGGCCGUAAUGGUGGCCACCUGGUGUCUGACUGCCUGGAAAGCUUUGCCCUGGUGUCGGCGACUUUAGGCACCGAUCAUGCUGUGGAAGUUGCCAGAUUCAGUUUAGCCAGCAUGCAGCGGCUGAGGGAUGUUGUCGCUGCAUUUGGAGGCGAUCUGGCUGAGAAAUCUAAGGUCAGGGAAGUGAUCAGCACAUCAGUUCUUGGAGAUGAAGAAUCUCUGGAGGAAGCGCGAGUCAGCUUGGCGGCAUUCGAAGAAGCGUUACCAGAUCUUAAAGGAAUGUUCGUCCUACUGGGGAAGGAGGAAGCGAUGGAGAAAUAUAAAUACCGCGAUUUAUUCGGCGUUAUGGAACAAUAUGGUGCUGGUGCAUUAUGGCCAUAUAGAUUGAUCACUGGCAUCUUCGAGAUACUGCUGCAAAGGUACCCCGAUCGAUUUUCAAUCGAAUCAUCUACACCGGUCACUGCUAUCGCCUUUUCGGCUGAAUCUCCUGAGGAUCCAUACCCAUACAGACUUAGCACACCACGUGGCACCAUAUCUGCAACCAAGGUGAUCCACUGCACCAACGGUCAUGCAGCCCACCUGCUCCCCGGGCUGAGUGGAAAGCUGUUCCCUUUUAGGGGAACCAUGUCAACCCAGGCUGCCGGUAAAGAAUUCCCAAACAAUGGGUCAAGCCUUUCCUGGAACUAUGUUGGCAAGAGCAUCAUAGAUCCAGAAACAGGUAUAUGGUCUUACACAUUAUACUACAUCACCCAAGACCCGGAAUCAGGCGACAUCUUCAUUGGCGGUGAGAAGCAGAAAGCCGACGAAGUGUUUGUGAGUGACGAUACGGUCCUUCCGCCUAUUCCUGCUGAAAACCUCACAACAAUUCUACCAACCAUAUUCCGUGAGGGCUGGAACGAAACAGCACCCGAAGUGAAGAAGAUGUGGUCUGGCAUCAUGGGCUUUACCGCGGAUGGUCUACCACUGGUGGGAAACCUUCCUGAAAAUGCAACUGGGAGAGCAGGAGAGGGUGAAUGGAUUGCUGCCGGGUAUAGUGGUCACGGAAUGGAUAAAUCAUGGCUCACUGGAGAGUCAUUGGCUGGAAUGGUUUCUGGAAAGGGUAUUCCAGCAGGUUUCCCUCGGGCCUAUCUCCUUACAGAUGAGAGACUGACACGGUUGAGUGCGGACGUGUUUGUCGAGAAUGUCUUUGGACAUGUGAGCACUGACUGA